AUGGCGAACCUGGCUUCCCACAUGACUCCGCGGAUGGACGACGCGCCCGCCUUCACCUACCGCACCGGACAGGCGGAGGAGCACGAGGAGCCCGCAAUCGAGGAAGUAUCCGGCGUCUCGACCAAGAUCUACCACUACCUCGGCGUCGACACACCCUUCGAUCCACAGCACCGCCUCGUCACAUCCUACAUCCUCCCCGUCCCGGCGCUGGCGCUGUUCCGCGUCGUUGUAGCCAUCUACAUGCUCGUCACAGCCUUCUCCACCGCAGUCGUCGAAGGUAUCGGCACCAUCACCUACUUCACCAGUCUUAGCUUUUGGGGUGAUACGACGUAUUUCCUCAUGUCGGCGAUACACACGUGCACGUUUUGGUUUGCGCUCAGUCGGUGGAAGAAGGCGAGCCGCGAGCAGGGUAGCAGUCGCAUCGAGAUGGUCGAGAAGGCUUUUCCCCAUAACGGUGUGGGUCGGAUCGAGAUCGCUCGCCACAAGGCUGGAAUCGACGCCUUUGGUACGCAGCUUCACGAAGACAUCGAGAGCGAGCUGGCGUAUGGCAAAGAUUCCGAGUUCGAGAUUGGUUCUCGCUACCCCCGGUCUCUGCUGAGCCGCAAGUUUUCGCGUCCGUUGCAGGUGUGCCACACUCUGCUGGUGUCGACCGUGUCGUCGUUCCCGCUGGUGGUCCUGGUCAUCUUCUGGUCGCUCCUCGCAGGCCCGGCGCCGCUCGGAGAUCCAUACUCUGCUUUCGCCAACAUCGGCAAGCACACGCUCAACUACGUACUCACCAUGAUCGAUCUCGUCAUCCUCUCGCGAACACCUCUGCGUCCAUGGUGGCACCUCGUUCCCGUCAUGGCCUUCCUCGCUCUCUACAUCGGCAUCGUCAGUAUCACCUACAACCGAUACCAUGUGUGGGUGUAUGGUUUCUUCAACGUCCAACAGUUCGGAUUGCCCCUCGUGGUAUGCUUUACGCUGCUGCUCGCAUGUUUUGCCGUGGCAUCGUUUUGCCUUACGCAGGGGUUGAUGUUGCUGCGCGAGUACGUGGCUGCCAAGGUGCAGAGUAGCGGUCAGUGGGGGAGUGCGAAGGCUGUGGGUGUACCUGAUGAUGCCUGCAUCCCGACCUUGAGGGGACCCGGACCGCUGGGUGGAGGCGGAAGACGCACCAAACCAGGUCACGAUGUCAUUCAUCUGCGCGGAAGAUUCCCCUCGAACGCGCUCAACACCAGGAGGUCGAGUGGCAUCAUCGUCGACGACAUCCACAUCCAGGCUCUGUCCGGCUUGGGCUCGGAACAGAACGUCGAUGAUGCAGCGGUCAAGUUCGGCUCGAACCGUGCGCAGCGUCCCUCGAUCCGAUUCGCAGACGAAUCCCCGAUGGAGGAGUACAGAUCGCCGAGCAGGUCGGAUCUUCCGAACCCGGAUGCUUCGUCCAGCCAAGCUCAGCUCUUCCGUCCCAUAGGGUGGUAG